AAAGAGUCCAAAUGAAUAAAGACCCGAAAUAGGGCCGCCGCCCGCAGCAGAGCCAGAGUGGGCAAGGAGAUGGAGAUCGGAUCAACGCCGGUGCCCCGAGUUGCAGUGGUAGUCUUCCUGCUGAAGGGAAAGACUGUGCUCCUCGGCCGCCGUCGCUCCGCCCGCGCCUGCCACGCCACCUUUGCUCUCCCCGGCGGCCACCUCGAGUUUGGGGAGAGCUUUGAGGAGUGUGCUGUGAGGGAAGUGAAGGAGGAGACCGGGCUGGAGAUUGACGGAACGGAGUUCCUCACAGUCACGAACAAUGUCUUCGCACAGGAGCCCAGUCCCUCCCACUAUGUCACCAUCUUCAUGCGGGCAGUGUUAGCUGAUGAUGGAGAACACGUGCCUCAGAAUCUAGAGCCCGACAAGUGCUUCGGUUGGGACUGGUACGACUGGGACAAUCUCCCGAGCCCUCUAUUCUGGCCACUCGAGAAGAUGGUGCUCUCUGGGUUCAAUCCCUUCCCUUCACAGAGAUGAUAGAAGAACUGCAGAGACAGUUUACUCUAGGCAUGCUUUAGUCCGAGCGGGGCUACCAUUUUUCUGUGUUGAUCGUGUUAUCUUCGCAUUUACGUUAUAUCGGCUUUGUGUUUGAGCGUAUUUGAUCGUGCCAGACACUGUUGUAAGGGCUAGUUAGUCUCAAUCACGAAGACGUACGGACUUGUGUAAUGAUCAAGAAACCCCUUCUGCUUGACGUCGAUUUGCGGGGGACUGCUGAUCUUUGAACCUAAUUAAAUGGUUUAGACCUCAACCACCGUAUGUUUGCUUGCA